CGAACUGCAGCAGCUUCCGCUUUCUCUGGCGUCACACAUGUAGCGCAACAUGGCCCCUGUCAGCCGGGCUGUUGUUGUGGUCGCGCUCUCCCUGCUCAACCUCAGCCGGACAAUCUUUUCCUCCGAGUAUUUCUCCACGCUCACUCUGUUCAACAAUGAGCUCCACAAGCAGGGAUGCAGCUCGCUGUCCGAGUGGGAAGAGUACGCGGCUGACUGCGAGUCCUCCAUUUUACAGUUGGAAGACCCAGACUGUGAGGAGGGAAGCAACCCGCCCUGCGAGUCAGUCUUCUCACUUAAUGCAGAGAAGAUCCUGAACCAGGCUAAGUUGUUUAUAGAACAGAAAAAAAUCCCCUUCCCUGUAGAUAACCACAACACAAACGAAGAACUUGCUAUAGGCUACGUUCUGAUAGGCAACGGCCUUUAUGAUGAAGCCAUCAAACACUUCUCACUCUUAUUACAGGGCGACCCAGAGCUGGUCAGUGCCAUCUAUGGGAGAGGGAUAGCUUAUGGGAAGAAAAGUCUACAGGACAUAAAGAAUGCUGACUUGGCUUUGUACGAGCUCAACAGGGUCAUCACCCUGGAGCCUAACUGGCCAGAGGUCUACGAGCAGAGAGCAGAGAUCCUGUCUCCUCUGGGUCGUAUCAGUGAGGCUUUGAGUGAUCUGACCAAAGCCAUCCAGCUGCAGCCCUCAGCCCGUCUCUACAGACACAGAGGAACACUGCUCUUCAUUUCCGAGGACUAUGUGGCAGCUAUGGAAGACUUCCAGCAGUCUUUAGAGCUGAAGAAGAACCAGCCUAUCGCCAUGCUGUAUAAAGGCCUCACCUUCUUCCACAGAGGAAUGCUCAAGGAAGCCAUAGAGACAUUCAAAGAGGCGCUGAAGUUGAAGUCUGACUUCAUAGAUGCGUAUAAGAGCCUCGGACAGGCCUACAGAGAGCUGGGUGAUUUUGAGUCAGCGAUGGAGAGCUUCCAGAAAGCCCUCAUGUUGAACCAGAACCACAUCCAGUCUCUCCAGCUCCGAGGCAUGAUGCUGUACCAUCACGGCUCGCUGCAGGAGGCCAUAGGCAACUUCAAGAGAUGCCUUCAGUUGGAACCCUACAACGAGGUGUGUCAGUACAUGAAGGGGUUGAGUCACGUGGCCAUGGGACAGUUCUACGAGGGCAUCAAAGCUCAGACUAAAGUCAUGCUGAACGACCCUCUGCUGGGGCAGAAGGCCAGCUCUGAAUACCUCAAAGUUAAAUACCUCAGAGAGUACUCUCGCUACCUGCAUUCCCACCUUGACAUCCCAGUAGCAGAGUACAAUGUGGACCAGGACUUACCAGGGAACUUUAAGAACCACUGGGCUAAGAACCUGCCUUUUCUAAUAGAAGACUAUGAAGAACAGCCCGGCCUGCAGCCUCACAUCAAGGACGUGCUGCCACAGAACUUUGACAGCUACAGCAGUGAAGUUCAGAAGUUGAUCUGCUCAGCCGACCACCUGGGGGCGCUAAUGCAGUAUGACACUCCUGGUUUCUUACCCAACAGGAGAAUACACAGAGCCAUGGGUUUAGCAACCCUGGAGGUGAUGCAGGCCAUGCAUCGAACAUGGAGCAACUCCAAAGUGCGAGUCAACGGCAAGACCAGGCAAAUGCAGUGGAGAGACAUGUUCGACAUAGCUGUCAAAUGGAGGAGGAUCGCGGAUCCAGACCAGCCAGUUCUGUGGUUAGACCAGAUGCCCGCCAGGAGUCUUAGUCGAGGCUUCAACAAUCACAUCAAUCUCAUCAGGGGACAGAUUAUCAACAUCAGGUACCUGGCGUACUUUGACAACAUCCUCGACUUUAUCAAAGACAGAAUACUGGUGUACCACGGGGCAUACAACCCCAGAGGACUCUUAGAGGUCCGUCAGGCUCUUGAAAAUGUGAAUAAAGUAGAAGAUCUGCUUCCUAUAAUGAAGCAGUUCAAUAGUAAAACCAGAGAUGGCUUCACGGUCAACUCCAAGGUGCCGAGCAUGAAGGAUCCUGGGAAAGAGUAUGACGGUUUUACCAUCACGAUUACUGGAGACAGGGUGGGCAACAUGUUAUUCUCGGUAGAGACUCAGACGACAGAAGAGCGGACGCAGCAGUACCAGUCAGAGAUAGAGUCCAUCUACAAAGACCUCACCGCCAAAGGGAAGGCAUUAAUGCUGUCCACUGAGCUGGGGGAUGCAGAUGCCGUGUGUAACCUGAUCCUCUCCUUGGUUUAUUACUUCUGCAACCUCAUGCCUCUCUCCAGAGGAUCCAGCGUGGUGGCCUACUCAGUUGUGAUGGGUGCGCUGAUGGCCAGUGGGAAAGAGGUCAUCGGCAGGAUCCCGAAAGGAAAGCUGGUGGAUUUUGAGUCCAUGACCACACCCAGUCCAGACAGCUUCAGUAAAACAGCAAAGAACUGGAUGAACCUCAAGAGUUUACCCAGUUGGUACCAGAGUCUCCCGUCCGUAGCGGAGACCUUCCCGUCAACCAGAACGAUGAUCGAGGUUCUAAACACAGACUCGUCUUCGCACUGUCCAAAGAAGUCCUAACACAACUUCAACACGGGGAGAGAAGUCUGUUUAACUCUUAAGUCUUAAUAAAUAAAGCUUCUACACUGGGCAGAACAAAGGGACCGAUGUCUUCUGCACCCCAAACCAAACUGGAUUGAGUUCUGCAAAAGCGUCUUGGCUUUAAUAAUAAUUGUUUAACUUUUAAAUUGGAUAGAACUGAGGUGAUACUGAUCACUGCUACAAUUUAACCUGAUUUGGUAUCAAAUGAACCCUCCAAGUCCUGCUCUGUUCUCUGUCCUCUGUCACACAUGGCUCUUAACUCUUCAUUUCUAAAAGUUAUAAUUCUUACACCACCUAUACUGGAUGCUUGUUAAUGCAGUGCAGGCCAACGUUGUCACAAAACCUGAAGUUUGACUUUGCUAGCAGUAUUAUAAUUACUAUGAAACAAUUAAUUGCCUCUACUUAAGCACCAAAACAAACGACAAACAAAGCAACAGUCACUCCUGGUGUUAAAGGUGUAGUUCGGAAAUUGCAUGAGGUACUUUUCCAUAGUCGGUGUAUUAGCAGCAGUGUGCUGCUGUGGAUGAAGGCAGCAGCAAAACAUAUGUUAGACACCAAAAAAUCAGUUUAUGUGUAAGCUGUAUUUAGAAAUUUUCACAGCUUUACCUUGCAGUCAGACAGUCCUUUUAUGAUUUUUAUUUAAUAGAAUUUCACUUCACGGAACACAUUUAGUCAUUUUCAUAAAGUCAAAUAUAGAUUCUGACUUUUGUAAAAAUACAGAUUUCUUUUUUUUUUUCUAGUGCAACACUUCCUUCCACACUCCAGCUGUUUGGAGAAGAUGACAGAGAACAAUUGUAUGACAGUUUGGGAUGCAGAAGAGACUCUGUCCACCCUCUCUUUUUCUCUGCUUUAUAGGCAUCACCACACCUGAAACACCCAAAGCACACAGUCCUCAAUGACAUGAGCCGUCAGCAGAAACGAUCCUAUGUUGCAUAGUCAUGGUUCAAUCUUUAGCUUUAGAUACCUGGAACUUUAACUUAGAUGUUAAUUUGUUAUCUGGUAUCUAAAACCAUUUUUGUUUAGUAUUCAAGUUUGUAAUUGGCUAAGUUUAAAACUUAUUUUUUAACCACUCCUACACACACACACACACACACACACACACACACACACACACACACACACACACACACACACACACACACACACAUAUACACAUAGUCCCGCCUAUCAGCAGAGAAAGAGUCUUGGGAAAUUUAGAAAACCUUCAGGGCUAUUGAAUUCCACUCUGGAUAAUAUAUAUUACCGGGUAUAUUGAACCCUGCUCUCGUUUAAUGUGACCAAUAAAGGGUUGUUUUUAAGAAGGGUUGGCUGCUGAACUAGUAUGAAAGCAACAGUCAGAGAUUUUUCAGAGAGCCACUUGUUGCUUUUUGUGAGGUAAAGUUCUCAAAGAUUUGUCAGUUAAAUGAUUAUUUGAUCAACAGAAAGCGGUUAUAGAAAAAGUUUGAUUAUUUCAGUGAGUGAUCAAGCACAAAUAUCAAACGCGUUGUGUUUGUCCUGAGUUUCAUGUCAUUAUAAAUUGAAUACAUUUGGGACAAAAAAAAAAAUAUAAAGUAUUUAUUUCGGUAGAAUUGACGACUCCUAAGUUCAUGAAAAGAGAUAAAAGAAGCAACAGAUAACCUUUUUUCUGAUAUUGAAUGGAAUACUUUAUACUAAUUGAAUAAUUAAUUUGUAAUUAAAAUGAAAAGUUACAUGUCCUUCAUGUCCUAAUCUAGCUCUGGAUUUUGGCAGAGAGACUCUAAAAAUAAGUAUAAUAAGCUGCAUUCGAUAACAUGUCUCAUAUCAAAGUGAAUAAAAAAGUAAAGGCAGUCUGAUCUUUAUAGUGGGAUCUGUAAAUAGUACCUUUUUUCAUUUUAAAGUAAGUCAAAUUCCAAAUGUGAGCAAAUAUAUAAAAUAAAGACUCCUGAAUGAUCUCUGACAUCUCUGACUGUUGUAUCUUGUAGAGGAUUCAUUAUAGAUGGGGGUAGAAGCACACCACAUACUGUUAUCAUCUUCAUGUCAUUCCUUCAGCCUGCAUCAGAUGCCUUCUGUGUCUCACACACGUUUCUGGAUUUUCUUUGGAUUAAUUAGCCGGUGAGAGCUGUUCUUACCUGUUCUCGCUUGGGAGAAAAGAGCUCAUGUACCUCAGAAUGAAUUGAUUUUGCAUGGCCACAUUUCUGUCUUGUCAAGUUUGCAGAUUUCUGCAGAAAACCUGGUCAGAAAAAAAAUAUGGAAAAAAGGUUUUCAAAAUCCUCUGAAAGGCAUUUAAUUGGCAGUAAAUUUGAAAGUGUUGUUGUGUUUAUGACUUGUGUGGUUUUCUGUUGGGUAUUCUCUGAGGUGAAAGUAUAAAAAGUGUCUGUUGACAAGAUCGACAUUUCUGGCUACACAAAAUUAAAGACUCGUUCACUAAGGAAUAAUUUGAACGCUCACACACAAAUCAUAAAAACUGUUUUUUUUUUUGUAAUUCAAGAUAAAAUUAGGAAAACCUGCAAUGGAGAUUAUUGGAUAAAUAUGAAUGGAAUGUAAUGUUUACAACCUUAUGAAAAUACUUGAGUGGUUUAGAGUCUAUAUUAGCCUGUUUUUUUUUAACUCAUCAAUGUUGGUUUUAGCACAAGGACGAAACCAGCUAAGCAGGUAAUUCACCUGGGAUGAUCUGAACAAAUCUUUGUGAAAAAAUUUCAGCCGUUUUAUUUUCUCUUCAUUUGCAAUUUUGAUAAAUAAUUGGCCUUGAAUGCUAAGGUAUCGUCACUGAUAGUUAUCUCAAUGCUGCAGUAGUUUUUAAUUGAAUGUCCAGUUUCUUAAGUUUGUCAUUUAAUUAAAUCCACAAAGUAAGAACAAAUUGACCCGUUCGAUGGCAUAUCUGAUUUAUUUCCUGCAUUACUGACAGUCUGCUUUCUGUCACUUUUUCUUGUUCAUAUCAGUGAUUGUGCCGACUGGCUGUCAUUUCUUCUUCUUUUUUUUUUUUGCACUGGGUGACCCAGUCAUUAAGUGCUAUGGUGGGCUCUUAAAGCUUAAAACUUGAAGGAGUGAUUUUUGUUUUUAUUAUUGAAUGAGUGAAUGAAUGUUCAGCAGUCAAUAAAAC